GGGAAGGAAGGGGGUAGGUGAGGUUUGGGUAUAGAGGGUUUGUAUUGAGUAUUUUGUUUUGGAGAAAUUUUUGAUGCUGGUGAUUUGGCAAUUAAAUUUUGAGAUUUUUUAAUUGUUAUUAGUUUAAUUCAGUUUUAGAGAUGAGGUCAUGGAAUCUAGAUUUGAUUAUAUGGAAUAUUUUUAUUUGCUGGAUUGUUCUGAGAUUCAGAGCUCAAUACCUGAUAGAGAGACCUUGAUAUGUGUAAAUACACAAAAAUGCAGUCACUGGUUCCUCAUUAUCAGAAUCAACACCGAAUUUUUGGGAGUAAUUGAUAUUUCUUAGUUAAUAAACUCCACAUAAUUUCUUUGAAUUCUGAUAAUGGCGAUUUUUAAGCUUAUUUUAUUCCAAAGAGGAGCAUAAAGAUAUCUAAAAUAUAUGUAUGAUUCUCAAGCUAGAUUCUAAAUUAGCAUAAUUCUGAAAUUUGAUGAGCUUCUAAACUCCUGUGACAUCCUAUAAAGUCUGGUUUAAAUUCUCUCCUCCAUUUUUGUGUACGACAUAAUUUGUAACAGCUUAUGUUGACGAGAUCCAUCUGGGAGGGCCAAGAUAUCGCUUCAACUUAAUUUACAAGAAUUAUUAUAGUUCUAAAAAAUUAUGAAGACUAUAACAUUUUUGUGCCUUAGAUUGAGUUUUUAUGAAGAAAAUUUUAACAUGUCAGCAGUCAAGUUUUAAUGAAGAGAGCUCAAUAAGAAGCUGGUACAACUCUUAGUCGCAGUACUACAUUAUUCUUGAAGCUUACUAUAAUUCUGAUUAAGUUAAGCGUAAGUAAGUUCGAGCAGAGGCUGAGAAUAAUAAGGUUUAUUGGGAAGCUACUCUAUUCAGUAUCCCGCAUCCAAAAUUUUGU